ACAAUUUCCAUUUCCAAUUUCAGAUUUAUCGUAAGGACGAUGUUUUCAGAUGUUUCAAAUUUGGUGGCCAACAACGAUCUCGAAUCAGUUGAUACGAAUUCAGAAUUCUUUUGGAUGAAUUUUGAAGACGAGUUAUUUGGAUCGCCUCUCGCAUUCGAUGCCAGUGAAACAGGUCUGUGGAAUGGCAAAUUUGUACCACCACCUCCGCGACCGGAUUUUUUGGAAGAUACCGUUGUGUCCGACGGUCUAACAACAUGUGACCUUUGUUCAUGGGCUGUGCCGGACAAAAAUGCAUUCCUAUUGGAUGGAUCGAUUGAAGCUGCAAGUGAACUGGGAUGGGCGUUCACAAUUGCUAUUGUUGCUGUAAUAUCGGCUUUGCUCGGAGCAAUAAUAAUGAUAACUUUGGUGCGGUGCAAGAGGUUGAAAGCCUCGACCGGAGCUCCACUAAUACCCUGGUGGUGUCGUCGAACGGAUUUAAACACUUCACCGGAUACACAGAAUCAAGAACCGAAACAGAGGCCAGCGGAAGAGUUACCAGUUACUGCCCACGCAAAUCCGCAAGUGUGGAUCUGGUUGAAAAAUGUGAAUACACCAGCAUCGACAGAACCAAUACCAUUUCCUCCAUCCGUAUCGAUAGAAAAUUACUACACCAACACCGAUGAUAACAUUAGCAGCCCGUCGAAAGUGAGCGAAGUUUUAUAUGAAGAAAUUUCCGGAAUCGGUUGAUUUAGAAUUAAAAUGAUUUCGGAUAAACGAUUGAGUGAUUUGACUCUUUAGCGAUAGGAAUUGUAUAUUAAUUUAUUCAAUGUAAAAUCUCCCCUUUGAUUAUAUUAUAUAAAUAAAUAGCAACUUAAAAUGACAUAUAAUUAUUGAUAAUUAUGAAACAUUAAAAGAUUAUGCAACGUGCAAUCAUUCCAUCGGACUCAAUGGGAAAUAGUACUAAAAGAAAAUACUAAUUUGGUAGUAAUGAACCUGUUUUUUUGAUACUUUCUGUGAUAUUUUGAACUGAUGUAAAUAUAUAAUUGCUUAGAUUAUUAUAAAGAAAAUACUUAUCAUUAACUACACACUAACUAGACAUAUUAUGGAUAAUAAUAAAUUGUUUAAUGAAUAGUAAA